AUGACAGGACAAGGCUUGUCCCUCGAUGCAUGGAGCGAAGUCGUCGAGCACGUCGGCAGAGACGACCUGUUGAACCUCUGCCUUGUCUCGCGGUUAUUAAAAGCCGUCGCAACCCGAGUCCUUUACCGAUCAAUCACCCUCGAGCCACGUCUAUAUAAUCUGGGGCUGGUUGAUACAAAUGUCGACCAGAGCCAGCUUCCCCAAUUCGAACAACGGGGCCACUGGAAUCUGUUAUCACGGCUCGGAAGCAAGGAAAACCAGAGCCUCAGGAACCUGGUACAAGAAGUAAUUCUGCUCCGACCAUCAAACGAAGCUAUACCACUAGACAAAGCAUUCCUAAAUUCCCUGCGGAAAGACGACCAUUUCUCCAAGCUGCUCACCACACUGCCCAACCUCCGCCGCGUCACCAUCGGCAUCCCAGAACUACAAACAGACCAUGUAAUCCGCACUCUCAGCGCCCACAGCAAAAAGCCAGAGCUGAGCCUGAUCCUCGACGGAUACGACCAGCGCAUCUCCACAGACUCGCCCCUCCCCUGCAUUUCCAGCCUAGCCGUCGCAGGCGACCCCCGGUCCCACCGCAAGGAAAACGGCCUCCUCAAAUUCCAGCAGCUAGUCUUCAACAGCCCGAACCUCCGCUCGUUGAGCAUCGCCGUCCUUGAUGACUACAACGGCCGCAUGAGACGCGCCCGCCGGGCAGGCAUGCACUUGACCUUCUACCUGGAGGGCGACGAGCGAUUCCCGCCGCUGGAAGAACUCGCGCUGAACGGAUACGUGAUGAAAGAUGGGGAAGCAUCGCUCUGGCAAAGCAACGUCCAGUGGGAGAAACUGGCAAGUCUGACUGUUGGACCGCUGCCUUGCUGGUCUGUACUCCCGGGGUUCGCGGGGUAUGCGACGGCUCUUAAGACGCUGAAGGUCUUCACGUAUCAUGGGAUGAUCGGUGGGGAGGAGGCUAGAAUAGGACUUGAGGCACUUCUCAGUUCCUUUGAUGGGUUGGAAGUCCUGGAUGUGAAGGGGGUUAUCUGUAGUGUGUCGGCUGUUGGGCAGCAUAGGAACCUGUCUGUGCUUUGUCUGCAUGAAGACGAGCCCCAGCAUGAUGAUGGGGACGCGGUGAGGACUGUGCUUACGCCGGCGGAUAUCUUGUAUCUGGAUGAGCACUGCCCGAGGAUAUCUUCAUUGGCGCUCGAUGUCCAGCGAGUAAAUGGUAAACUGGAUGAGAAGGCUCUUCAGGCUAUAGUAACAGGAUUCAGAAGUCUGAGAUAUCUCUCGAUUCACUUUGAGAUGGGACUCAGAGAUAUCCGGCGGCCCAUUACGCCGGUGAUCAACCCUGACACAGCACAGAGUAUCGGACAGGACAUAUUCAACCGCCGCAAACAGGCCGGUUCCUCUUUACCUGAAUUAACACUUUGGACCGGGAGCUCCUACCGCAGCCGGUUAUACUGGAAGCCAAAGUAUCUGAACUUCGAAAGGCGGUUUACAGCAAGCUAUACGCUCCGACAGGGCGAGGCGCUUACGUCGGCUUCGGGUUUGGUGUCUGAGGAGGGUGAAGAAUACGAGGACCAAGACGAGGACGAAGAUGAGGACGAUUAG